UAUGAGUAAUAAAAAGUGAAGAAAGGGGAAAAUACUAGAAAAAAAUAUCUGAUUGUAAUGGAUAGAACGAUAGAAUUUGCAUUUACAUACAUAUGUAAAAAAUAAAAAAAUAAAAAAUGUGUGUGGGGGACUGACUGUAACGUUGAUCUGGCAAAUGGAUAAGAGCGAGUCAGCUGAUUAUUGCUUUAAUUAAAAUAGAAUUCCUAUUUAAAAAAUGAAAACAGUAAAGUUUAAUUAUUUAUUCACAAAAUCGCUAAUCUAAUUUUAUUUUUUUUAAUUUUUUCAAAUUUUUUAAAAAUCUUUUUGUAAACUCUAGAAACUUUUAAAAUGCCGAAUUUUAAUUUUUUAAUAAUUUCAUUUGCGGAAAUCUUUUUGUUUUGUGCUGGUGAGGUGAUUAAUUGGAAGUCUGAUUAUUCAGAAUUCCGUCCAAGUGAUGGUGCCGGAGGCAAGACGCUUACUCCAAAAAAUGUUCCAAAUAAGGAAGAAGGUGUUUGUGGUGAUAAACUUUAUAGUUUAUUGAAGCAUUGUGCACAACAGAGCUUUUAUGUAGGCUUAAAUCGACCCAGAUCUGAAUUCGCCGGUAUUCUAUGUGACAAUGUUUUCAAUUUUUCCAAAUUCUAG